UGCUCCUUCCUCCCUUUCACCCACAUCAGAGACUGCUCCCAGCUAUGCCUUAUAUUAUUGGUUUUUGACAAGGACUAGUUUGAGGACUGCUGUAAGAUCCUUGUUUCUCCCCCAACCCUCAAUUAAUGCUUCUCCCCUAGCUGUUCUUGCCGAGGACUCUUGGACUAAAUAUCGGGACAGUUUACAGUUUGAUCCAGCUUAUCUGCUUCUGGUGAGGUCACAGCAGGCCAUGAAGUGCUGUCUCAUCUUCGCUCUCAUGAGUGCAGCUGUUGUUCUAGCCAAAUAUUCUCAAAAUGAUAAGUUGGACUUACCAGAAGAUUUUACUAUUCCUUACAUGGUCUAUCUGCAGUCCAGCCCGGAACCUUGUGUGGGGUCUCUCAUUCACCCUGAGUGGGUACUGACGGCUGCUCAUUGCCCCUUACCUGUUAAAAUCCGACUGGGAGUUUAUCAACCCAGCAUCAAAAAUAAGAAAGAGCAGAUACGGAAUUACUCACUGACUGUGAUCUACCCUAAAUUCAACACACAAUCUCUGGAAAAUGACCUGAUGAUGAUAAAACUGUCCAAGGCUGCUGCAUUCAAUGACCAUGUGGGAACCAUAGCCAUAGCUAUGGAACGCUUAGCAGUUAAUGAUACCUGCUUUAUCCCAACCUGGACCUGGAAUGAAUAUAAAAACCUUAGUGACCCUGACAUCCUGACUUGGAUAAACCAAUAUUCUCUUCCCUUUGAUGACUGCCAGAAUCUGCUAGGCCAAAGAAUGAGAGUAAACAUCAUGUGUGUGGGACAACCUCUGAACACCAUAUCCAAAACUAAGGAAGUUUCAGCUGCUCCAGCCAUCUGCGGUGGUAGAUUGCAUGGAAUCUUGUCCUGGGCAAAAGGAAGUGUCACCCUGGGAAGUGAAGGAUUCUUCACAGAAGUUCAUUCCUAUGCAAGAUGGAUCCUGAAAAUCAUUAAUACCCACUGAGGCUCCUCUGUUCUUCCAUCCCCUCAGUGCAAUAUCUUCAUGAUUUCUACACUGGAUCCACAACUCUCUUGAUCUUUCUUGUUCUUGAAUAGAAUCCAAAUACAAGACAUUCAAUUUACAAAAAUGAC